AUGGAGGAAGAAACUGUUUUCUGGUAUUACAAAUCCGAUAUUAAUCCAUGGCCAAAUGUAACAACUGACGAGUCGAAACUUGUGGAAUGGACUAAGUAUCGAGAUAUUGAAAUCGAUCUUAUUGAAGAAACUUAUCAUGAAAAGAAAUUAUUUGUUUUAUUAGACCGAUAUAAAAUAGAUUUUGAAAGAUUUAUUCAAAUAAAUCUAAAUGACGAAACAAAACAGCGUCCAGUCAAACGUGAAAAAGGUUCUAUUAAAAAAGAAUGUUUACGUGAAAAUCGCUUUGCUUCAACUAUCUUAUUCGUAUCAAAUCCAUCGUCGUCAUAUAAUAAUGCGGAUGCAUGGUGCCCUUUUUUAACAGCAUGGUUCCAGACUUCACGUGGUCAACAGGCUUUUCUUCAUUUUCCUAAAUGUGUUGAAGCAUGUGCUCAAGGUAUUGUACAAGAAGCUGCUUUACAUAAUAGUUACAGUGAAACAGAAGCAAAAUAUAUGGCUAAAAAACUUCGACAAUCGUCCAACAAAUCUUGCAUAGAAUUAUCGGAAAUGUGUAUUCGUUUUUAUACAAAGGAUAGUUUUCUUUAUUAUGUUUUAAAUAAAGCAUUACGAGAACAAGAUUAUUCCAAAUUAGAUACACUUGGCCCAUUUUGUUAUAUUCUGCGACUUUAUUCUCGUCGUUUACAAAACUAUAUUGGAACAGUAUAUCGAGGUGUUGAAUUAGAUUUUACAACAGUAGAAGCAUAUAAAAAACACGUGGGUGAAUGGAAAUCUUGGCCAGCUUUUACGUCAACUAGUAAAGAUCGUCAAAUGGCUGAAAUGUUUGGUAACACUUUAUUUAUCAUUGAAAUAGCUGAUGUUAAACUUAGUUCUCCACGUACAUAUGAUAUUAGUCAUAUAUCAAGUUAUCCACAUGAAGAAGAAAUUUUAUUACCAGCAGGUAUUUCAUUUCAAAUUCUUAAAGUUGAACAAGAUCCGACUCAAAAAUACAUUAUUCAUUUGAAAGUUUAG